UUGUGCCCCCUUGCUUGUAACCCGUGUAGUGCUGUUUUUAUGCAGAUGUGGCCGUAGUUCCAGCGGGACCUCCUCCCCUCUUCCCCCCGCCUUGUGUGCGCAGUGUUGCUGCAUCCUGGAGUCGAACACAGCCACCCCCGCCCGGUGCAGCAUCAUAAAUGACCGCCUGUCUGCACGGUUUAAAACAUUUACUCCAACGUGCUUUUAUCGGAUGUAAAAAUAAAAACACGACCUAAAGUUGAUCUGGUAAAGUCAAAGUGAGGCAACCUCUUCCCUGUUUUGGUUCGGACCUUGUGGGUAUUACUCUACAAAUGGAUAAUGGAGACUGGGGCCAUAGGAUGACUACCCCUGUGACCCUAAACGUUGGCGGCCACCUGUACACCACCAGCCUGUCCACCCUCCAGCGUUAUCCUGACUCCAUGCUUGGCGCCAUGUUCCGGGGAGACUUCCCCACAACUCGCGAUUCCCAGGGGAACUAUUUCAUCGACCGCGACGGAACGCUGUUCCGCUACAUCCUGAACUUCCUGCGGACGUCUGAGCUCACCCUGCCUGUGGAUUUCACAGAGACAGACCUGCUGAGGAAGGAGGCAGACUUCUACCAGAUCGAACCACUGAUCCAGUGCCUUAGCGACCCCAAGCCGCUGUACCCCCCAGACAUCUUUGAGCAGGUAGUGGAGCUCUCCAGCACUCGGAAACUGUCGAAAUACUCCAACCCAGUGGCGGUUAUCAUCACACAGCUCACCAUAACAACGAAGGUCCACGCCCUGCUGGAGGGCAUUUCCAACAACUUUACCAAGUGGAACAAACACAUGAUGGACACCAGGGACUGCCAGGUGUCGUUCACCUUCGGACCAUGUGACUAUCACCAAGAGGUGUCUUUAAGAGUUCACCUCAUGGACUACAUAAUGAAGCAAGGCUUCACCAUCCGGAACACGCGGGUGCACCACAUGAGCGAGCGUGCUAACGAGAACACCGUGGAGCAUCACUGGACUUUCUGUAGACCGGCUCACAAAGUCGAAGACUGACUCAGACCAACGCAGGUGUUGCUACUGUGACAUCACUGUUAGACGUGUCUUUGUAUUACGUAAAACACAAACAGCUGUCCUCUGUUAUAAUAAUGUACUGCUGUUUUUUUUUUUCCCCUCAUGUUUUACCUGAUAUUGUGCAAAGCUAUAAAAGGCUUGAGCCUAAUAACCAGGUCCAGGCAGCAAAAAAAAUAUUAAAAUUGUAGAUUUUUGAUUCGCCAAACACUAUUUAAGGAAAAUAUUUCUUCAUCUAAUCCCGCGUAUGUAUUUUCCUGAUGGAGUAUUUUUGGUUUUGCGAUCUACGAAACAAAGUGUUUUUCAUUUGGGGGGGGGAAAAAAUAUGAAUUUGAUAUUAUUGUUAUUAUUAUAAGUCAGUUGAGCACAGUGAUAAAACAACUUUUGUAAUUUUGGCCAGAAUUGGUUAGGAGUAAGUAAAAAAAAAAAAAAAAAAAAAGGAGAGCAGUAGGUUGCAGUUGACAUUUGAGAGUUCGUUUCCUGCAUUUGGCCGUAAAUAUAAAAACAUAACAUUUCAGUUCAUUUAAGCUCAAUUUGUAGGAACCUUUCCAAAAAAGAAAACAAAAUUGGAAAAAGUCCUUAAUGAGAAAAAAAAAGUUUUAAAAAAAAAUCCCUCCACUGUGUAUGGAGUGUACUGUUUAAUUACUAAAACUUAUAACUGUCUUUUGUCCAGUAGAUGUUUGGUGAGUAAAAUUAGACGUAGUCUCUUAGAUCCCUCGUAGACCCCAUGUACGGUACUAUUAGGCCCCUUCAUAGUUGAGGCAUGUGUCUUAUGUAUGUGUAAUUUAUGGAUCUGAUGUGUGCACUUUAUGAUGCUAUGUCAUAAUGUCAUUUCAGCAGUAAUGUGUUUAGUCAUUCCAGCCAAAAAUAAACCAGUUUUUGUAUUUCA